AUGAUGCGGCCUGAACAUUUGGCUUGGAUGGUCAAUCCUUCCAGCCUGGACGAGGAAGGAAAAAUUCUCGCUGUCCUCAAGAUACUUCAUGGAUUGCGGAUGACGGUCAUGGACCUCAUGCUGCACUCAAUCUCGCAAAGACCCUCCAUGGCAACUUGGAGGGAAGGUUUUUUUCGGAGCAAUGCACUUGUGCAAUUUCUUAAUGUGUUGGGCACCGACGAGCGAGCAAGCAAGCACCUCCGUGUCAGUUUGCGACCCCUUGCUAUCGCAAUGGUUAUUGAUGAGGUUGACACUGAGAUGGAGGCCGCUAAACAUAUUUUUCAUAUGUCAUCGAAAGACAUCACCCCCGAACUACUCCUCUCGAUUAACCUCGACACAUUUUUGACAGAGCCAUUACGAGAAACCACUCCAUUGCUACGCCAUGUCCUUCUGUCAGCUAUGCAGACAGUGCGAGCUGCCAAGGAGAACAAACAUCAGAGUGCUGAGACAUGCUGUACUGUGAUCGAGUCCCAGAUUGCGAACAUUCGCUCCCAAAACAAUCUCGCCUUCCAGAUGAUCCACGGAUUAUGCUUAUUCAGUGGUGGUUCAUCGCGCAAAACCAUCGAUUUGCUCGCACACUGUGGACUUUCUCCUGCCUACGACACAUUACACAAUGCUCAUGCCACCAUGACUGACGGCCAGAUUCAGCGUGCACGUCUAGUAUCUCGUGGACCGCAUAUGAUCGGAUGGGAUAACAUCCAAGUAUCCACUUCGAUUCACGUUGAACAACGUCCCUUAGCUCCACCCAAAGUCCAAUCGGGCACCACAACUAUUAUCUACCCCCUUCGUAACACAACAAUGCGAGACAUAGAGCUUCGACCUAUACUAGAAAACCGUGCUAAAUGCAACCUGAUUACAUUCGUCGAGGACGUCCGGCCUACACGUUCGCAAAUGUGUGAUAUGUCCGAACAUAUGGUCCUUGACAUCAUUAAAAUUUUAAUCGACAAUCAUCCUGGUUUUGAAUAUCUCGCGAGUUCUCCAGCAUUCAAAUAUCACUCCUACCGACCACCACCUCCGCAAUCAAAGACUCAAGAGUAUGUGUUGAGAACCACAACAAAUGACGAGUCCACCACUGACGGCAACAUUAAAGUUGCACGGAAUGCAUACCUAGAGCAGCUCGGAUUUGGCCCACAUGAUCUUGAUACCCAAGCAAUUCCUUGUAUCAAUGAUCAAUCAACAAACUCCCGAGUUCACAGUGCCCAGCUUUUGCAUUCAGACGACAUCAGCUCGAUAAAUCGUAUGGAGAACUUCCAACUUGCACCUGGCUUCUUCCACGUCCAACUCAAUCUUAUCUGCUACUACAUCUCAUUGCUGGGAAGGGUCAGACUGGGUGCUGAACAUCCUGAUUAUCGCACUCUUGUUUCCUUCGCCACGCAAGUACUCGUAGGGAACACACUCCUCUAUUGGGAGACAGUUUCAAAGACAUGUCUUACGGCUCUCGCCGAAGCCAAGCCAACAUUCGGGGAAAUGAAGUCCCUCGCAACCAACAUCUAUCACACCUAUGUUUCAUCAAGUGCCCCCCGUCAAAUCUCGGGAGUUGACCCAGAGAGUGAAGACGGUAUUCUUCGCAACAUCAUCCUCCUCAACUGUGACCUCCUCAUCUUCUACGAGCUCGAUCUCGCCAUCUCGUCAGGUGAUUUUGGCCGAGUUGAAAUUUUCCUCUGUACUCUCACAAUGAUAUUUGCUGGGGCUGGCUGCAAAAAUUACACAACGGAGUUACUUCACUUCAUCCAGAACCUCAAGAAAAACUGGACUUCCAAGUUUGUAAAUGUCAUGCAUGACAACAUGCUCAUUAACAUCUCCGGUCGUGAUGGUCAUGCUGUGGGUGUCGACAAAAAUUGCAAGCAAAACAUCAACUUUCAAAAGAAUUGGUUUGCAGCGAAGGGACUGCACAGCACUUGGGAACAGCUCGGAGACUUGGCACCGAACAUCCCUAUAUAUCGUCCACUCAGACGUCAGUUUGCCAAGGCCAUGGGAAUCAUGUCAAAAGCGAAGGAGAAAAACUUGCAUGUCUACACACCUGGUCGUAUGGCCAAUAGACGUGUGAAGGAUCUCCUCCUUGAUGGGAGUGCACACUUGAGAUCAAAAGGAUUUGACACAUUCACGAAGGGCUACACAGCAUGGGUAAAUAACAGUGCAGCAUUUCCAGAGGAAGAGGAUGACAUCAAGGCUUUGAUGAUUCGAAAUGCAGUUGAGGUGCAUGAGUAG